GGUAUAACAAGUACAAAUGAAAUAACGUCCAUGUAGUUAGCUUAUAGCAAGUCCGUCGGAUCUAAGAUCAUACUUAACGAGGUCAAAGCCGAUUGGAGCCAGACAAGACAGACAUAAGACGCGCAACGAUGCGAAUUAAGAAGAAUUCAUAUCUGCUAAAGCGGAUUUUCAUCGGCCUAGUUAUAUUUGUUCUCUUCCGUUUCUGGUAUAAAGCGCCUACCGCGUCACCGAAGAUUUCGUUCGAAGCAAGCGUCUGCGUUUCCUCGGCGAAGUCAUGGCGAAUUACGGCAACUUUCACAAUGAACAGCGUUUUGGACGCGUUUCAAUCGUCGACUCACGGAUAUCAAUUGCCUGACAACACGUCGCCAUCGAUGGCUCAUGCAGACAAAACAAAGUCUGUCCCUGGCACGGAACCACUUCAGGUGAUCGUGAUCCCCCACUCACAUAACGACCCCGGCUGGCUGAAGACCUACAGAGAGUACUUCGACGACCAGACGACGCACAUCCUAUCGCUGAUUGUCAAGAUGCUUCACGAGUAUCCGGACAUGACGUUUAUUUGGGUAGAAAGUAGCUUCCUGAACACCUGGUGGCUCAACCAGACGGAGGCGACCCGCCGCCGCUUCAAGGAGCUCGUGGACAGCGGGCGCUUGGAAAUUACUUCAGGUAUGUGGGUGGCCCCGGACGAGGCAUCUCCGCAUUACUUUGCGCUUGUUGAUCAGAUGAUUGAGGGGCACUACUGGGUGAAGAAGAACUUGAAGAUCGUACCAGAGUCCUCGUUGAGUUUCGACCAGUUUGGGUACUCAAGCACCAUGCCGUAUCUCAACAAGCUCGCUGGAAUCAAGCACGUUCUCAUAAAGCGAAUCAACCGCGGUGUCAAGGAGAUGUUCGGGGCACAGCAUCGGCUGAACUUCAUUUGGCGGCAGGCAUGGGACAGCCAGGGACUCGAUGACAUCUUUGCACACGUAUGUUUACUUUGGAUCUUCGUUUUAUAUUCUCUCGAACAAUUAAGCGUUGCGAAAUACGUGUAUCGUACGGUGACCUAUUACCGGUGGAGACUUAUUUACUAUAAUUGUGUUUACAUUAAGAACGAGACUCUCGUGAUAACAUGUCACGCAUGCGCUCCGAGUAUUUUGUUUCACUCACAUUAAUUCGCUUGAAAAUAAAUAAAAACACAAAAAAUGAGAAAAAAACUUGUUUAAUUGCAUUUCAAAAUCUUACUUUAUCUAAAUAAUUCAAUUUUAUCCAUAUGCCAUUCAUUUUAACAUUACUUUUGUACUCAUAUAAAAAUCCCCACAUAAAUUGCACACAGGUUUUUGUUUGGUCCUUCGAUUUGCACAUUUCGAUAUUGGCGUCAUAUUUGUGCAACUUUUAGCUGUUUUGGACAUACUUGCUGGAUUGUCAUCAAAUAAAAGUUGUUGAAACAUAGAUGGACGCUUUCUGCUGGUAACCACAACGACAUAUGUGUAAAUUGUUUAAUCUUUCAUACUGUUGCAUUGUGUUAUU